AUGGCUGGCGGUAACAAGCAAAAGGAACCUUUCUGGCUCGGUCGGAUGCAGGUUUUAAAAUCACGAGAGUCCAUGUUUCGGGCCAUGUACCGUUUCGCGGCACGAGACGGCUUUUUCUCCCUUUGGUCGGGGCUUUCGGCAUCCAUCUUUCGACAAACGACCUACUCCACUGCAAGAUUCGGUCUCUAUAACUACUUUGCGCAACAAGCUAAACAAUGGACCGGCAAAGAUAAGUUGACGACAGCGAUGACGAUAUCAUGCGCUGGGCUGGCGGGAGGUAUGGCCGGGCUAGUGGGGAACCCUGCCGAGGUUGUCCUCGUCCGAAUGUGCGCCGAUGGAGCUAAGAACGUCGGUGAACGUUUCGCGUACGCCAAUGCGAUCGAGGGGCUUUACAGAAUAGGAAGGGAAGAAGGAAUGGGCGCGUUCACUAGAGGCAUCUCUGCCAACGUUGUUCGCAGCGUACUCAUGACACGAAACAGAUACUCGACGGCAAAACGGAUCCUCUUGCAAAAGACUGAUAUGAAAGACGAUAUCAAAACGCACGCCGUGGCCUCCCUCUUCGCCGGAACUGCAGCGACGACAGCCUGCGCGCCGGCCGAUGUCCUGAAGAGCAGAAUCCAGAGUGCCGCCGCGGGCGGCCCAGGGGCAAACUCUUUGCUUCGUAUUGUGCAAAACGGUCUUCGCGAGGAGGGAGCGAUAUUUCUUAUGAAGGGCUGGACCCCGGCGUGGUUGAGACUGACGCCAAAUACUGUCCUGACUUUUGUGUUUAUGGAGCAGCUGCGACAACUGACCCAGUGGCAGUUCGCCGCUCCGGUUGAGACCAUGAAGGCUUGA